UUUCCUUCCCAUUGGUGACUGCUAUCACACCAUUUGUCGUAUUUUUAGUGAUAAAUAUUAGUUUUAUUUUUAUUGGUUUCUUUUAUUUUAUAUAAAAAUUGUGUAAAAAUUGCAUUUAUUUUUAGUGUAUAAAUGAAAGUUAGCAAAUAGAUUAAUUCCUUAAGUGCAAAUGAAAAUGUGCGAUGGAUCGGAGGAAUGCUGCAACAAACUGGAAGCGGAAGCGAUACACUCCAACGAACAGCUACUAUCCUUCGAAUUGCGAAGUAAAGACAUACAAUGGGCGAGCUAUGUAACUCCGUUGGCGGCUCGCAUUUCGCCAAUAUAUCUACAAAGACAAUAUCAAUUGAUGAGUAAUUACAGAGAACCUAUUGGAAACCAUAAUAGACGCGAAGUUCUAGUCUGUCACGAUAUGAUGGGAAACUAUAUGGAAGAUCGGCAUUACCACUCAUCUAAGAAGUAUGAUGACUACCGUUUUUACCACUGGUCCGGAAUCGACUACUUCUGUUACUUUAGUCAUAAUUAUAUCACAAUACCGCCUUGUGGUUGGUUAAAUGCCGCGCACAAACAUGGUGUACGAGUUUUGGGCACAUUUAUUACCGAAAGUGGGCACUCCAAAUUGUUAAAUGAAGUGUUGCAGUCAAAGGACAUGGUAGAUAAGAUUGUCGAAGCUAUGGUGAAGUUGUGUAAGCAUUAUUGCUUCGAAGGCUGGUUGGUUAAUGUCGAAUGCAAAGUUAAAUUAGAAGAUAUGGAAAACCUUUACUACCUCGUAGAACGCUUACGCUCAACUGUGGAAAGUGAAGUGGAAUGCGGUGUGGUGUUCUGGUAUGACAGCAUCAUUGAUACCGGUGACCUGAGAUGGCAAAAUGAAAUUAAUGCAAAAAAUGUGCGUUUUUUUCGUGCUGCGCAUGGCAUGCUAAUCAAUUAUACAUGGAAUGAUAGAAGUCUAGAGAUGACAACGGAAAUUUGUGAGCGCUCACAAGCUCAAUGUCAGCGUGCCUUUUUUGGCAUCGAUGUCUUUGGACGUGGUCAAGUUGCCAAGUUUCAGUGUAAACAAACCUUGGCUCGCAUUGUGAAUCAACGAUUUUCAACGGGCUUCUUUGCACCAGCGUGGACAUAUGAAACACUACAAAUGUUCGGGUACAAUAUAAAACAACCGUUGGGAGAUGACAGCGUAAAUGAUGCUUUCUUGCGCCGCAAUGAGAAAUUUUGGUGCUCUUUAUGGGAACAUCUGGCUACACAUCCCUACCAUACAUUACCAUUUUAUUCCGAUUUUUGUUUGGGUUCUGGAAAAAGCACAUACGUAAAUGGUCGCCCAAGGAGUAGUGUGAGCGGCAGUGGUGGUGGUGAUGGCGAACAAUUUUUUAAUUUAUCACGCUGUUCGCUACAGCCAUCAGUUCCGCUAUAUCAGCUCGCUGAGCGCUUCUAUUCCGACGCUUUUAAUGGCGGCUCGUGCCUCCGUAUAUUACAGUAUAAUAAUAGCUUCCGUGUGUUUGUCACCGACUUUAAGCUGCAAAGUGGUGGACUUGUUUUUGCAUACGCUUAUAAGCUACAACCAAGUGAUGGCGAAUUUGACUGCAUUUUGCGUUUUUGUACUAGAAAUAAUGCACGUGAUUGUUAUCUUUUUAUGGGUGAUUAUUACGAUACAACGAAUUUGCAAAAAGGACGCUGCUACGUUUCUCCAUUAAAGCCGAAAUAUUAUAAUCUAUUGCAUAGUAAUAAGUUAGAUACACCAAAAAUACCCAAGGAAAUUUCGCUGCCUGAAAAUAUGGCAAAUGGGUGGCGCGUACGUUAUUAUGUGGUGGCUUUUGAUGGCGCCAUUCAAGUCAAGGAUAUUGGCGUACUGUAUCGUCGAAGUGCAGAAGCAACAGACACUGCCUACUUGGGUGCCGUCUACCUGAAUGAGUGUGAUGUGAAUACGCUUGACUUCCCACAAGAUAGCAAUAUUGCAUUAAUACAAAUUUAUGGAGAGGAUUUGCUUAAUUAACUUUUGAAGAUAAGGUCCAACGUUAGUCAAAAGUCAGUAAAAUGUUACUCUUUUGGCUUUUGAUUAGUAUUCUUUCCAAAUAUAUAUACACAUUUAUAUGAUUAUGUAAACAAAUUUUAUACAGU